AUGACCGGUAAACCGGUUUACAAACCCGAAGAGAUUCGCUUCGCAUUGGACCUUAUGGUUCAAGACCUAUUCAACGAAGAGAUCUCUCUGGCUUUUCGACAACGUUUCGACCGAGAGUUGACGGAUAACCAGAUUCGAUAUCUGAGGAACAAAUAUGGCAAGGACCCAGACUAUGGGUCCCCUCUCAUCAACCGUCCAGCAAACAAGAAGGUCAAACGAAGACGAGCUGCUAUUGCAGCGGCGUCUGCGACCUCUCCUACCUCAGAUGACUCACCCGGUCCUUCGAAGCGAACAUGUAGAGAGCCAUCCUCUUCAUCAGCUGAGCUUUCCCUCUCUCCCCCAGAUCAACGAAAAGGAAUCUCACAGAUACCACCACUCGAACUGGGGGAUGACAAGUCUACACUGUUCUCUACUGCUCCCCAAUUUCGAACACCAGUACCUCAAUCUCAGUUCGCCAAUAUUCGCUCCCCACCUGUGAACUCUUACACUACGCCCUUGACUCAAGAUGCAUUCGCCCCUGGACCUUCGAAUAAUCGUUGGAAAACACAACCAGAUACAACCUUCACUGCUGGAUUUACUCCUAUCAACACCCAGUUCGGCCAGUACAAUGUCAACGCUCAAGGCCAAGGAGCUUCGCCAGCUACCAACGCAACAUUGAGCCCGAGAUCUCUACAACUUCCCCAAGCCCAAACCCUCCAUGAUCCCAGUUCGACACAACAGCCAGAAUUCAGCUCCUUUCUGAACAUAAGGUUCCCAGUCACUUCUCCUCAGCAAACCGUAGGCGUUCAGAGCGGAGCAUAG